CACGCACAUCACGAAUCUUCAGGAGACGCCAGCGAUCGCGAGGCCGCCGCCGAUCUAACGCGCACACGACGCACGCAAGAUCAAUCUGCAGAAGUGCAGAGUCUAGACUCCAGCGCUCACGCCGGCCGCCGGCGCCGCCGUUCGCCGCCGACUCGGCUACCGCUGGACAGCUCUCCUGUGCGCAGUGUGCUGUUCGCCCAAUCUACUGCUUCUUUACUGCCGUACCUUGGUAUUUUUUUAUGCUUUCCCGGUUUCCCUUGAUAGCUGAUGCUUCUGCAGUUCUGCUCGUAUCAUGUUCUACAACGUCGGUGUGUAUCAGUGUAUAUAAACUGCUCUUAAUUUGAAUAAUGUGUGUAUGUGUAUCAAGUCAUAUAUCUAGUGUAUUGUUGAACUCAAAUUGAUGUAAUUGCCAAUUUCGUUUCAUAUUGUAGAAAAACAAGAUGAAGAGAUUUUUUUCACUGUUGUCUCCAACGAGCGUGUCCACACCUAUCAUUUUAGAUGGAGGGAAUCAAGUGACAGAGGAGGCUGAAUCAACACCUGAAACUGAAACUACCAUUGAAAUGGGACCACCGCCUUCGACUUCAAGCGACCCACCUGCAAUGUCAACUCCAGAGAGUAACAAUCUUGGUAAUCCCGCUGAUGCCCGUGAUCAAUUCUGUAAAAGUGAUAUUGAAGCUGAUCCUGGUCUUAGGAAACCAAUUGAAAGCUUAGAUCCGAACAUUAGAGAUGCUGCUAGAAGGAUUUAUAUAAAUAUGGGUCCAUGCCAACCAACUGAUCAUAAAUAUAAAAAAACACCCCAAGGAAACUCUUCAACGAAAAGAAGCUUUCAUGCUAAUUGGUUCAAGAACCAUGGCGACUGGUUGGAAUAUAGUGUUGCUAAAGAAGCAGCCUUUUGUUUCUAUUGCUUUCUUUUUAAGCAACCAAGAGCGGAAAAUUAUGGUAUUGAGGCAUUCACAAGGGUAGGAUUUAGAAAUUGGAAGGAUGGACCUAGUGUUCUUGAUACACAUAUUGGUAAACAUGAUAGUGCUCACAAUAAAGCUAGACAACAAUACGAGGCUUUCAAAAAUCAAAGGCAAUGUGUGGCGCAUGUGAUGGAUCGUGGUAGCAAAAAGAGUGAACAAGACUAUAAAGCUCGUCUUAUCAUUAUUUUGGGUAUUAUUAGAUUUCUUCUAUUACAAGGUCAUGCUUUUCGUGGUCAUGAUGAGAGUUCAAGCUCAAACAAUAGGGGCAACUUUUUGGAGUUGAUGAGUUGGUAUAAGAAGAAGGAUCCAAUUGCUAGGAAUCUUCUUGAUAGUGCAGGCGGUAACCAUUUGAUGACUUCACAUGAGAUACAAUUUCAGUUGUGCCAAGCUUGUGCAGAAGAGACCACCAAAUCCAUUAUUGCUGAUAUUGGAGAUAAGAAAUUUUCUUUACUUGUUGAUGAGUCCAGAGAUGCAUCUAUAAAAGAGCAAAUGAUUAUGUUUUUAAGGUAUGUCAACAGUUAUGGGUACACGAUCGAGAGGUUUAUUCAGAUUAAGCAUGUUGGUAACACAAGAGCAGCUUCUCUAAAGGCAGCUUUGGAUGGUAUGUUUCUUGAACAUGGUUUAUCUAUGUCUAAAUUGAGAGGACAAGGGUAUGGUGGAGCUUCUAACAUGAGAGGGCAAUUUUGUGGGUUGCAAAGGUUGAUACAAGAUGAAAACCCUUAUGCAUUUUAUAUCCAUUGCUUUGCCCAUCAGUUGCAGUUAGUGGUUGUUGCUGUUGCCAAGUGUUGUUCCUCUGUAACGGAUUUCUUUAACCACAUAACUUUGAUUGUCAACACCGUCAAUGCUUCUUGUAAGAGACAUGAUGAACUAGCUCAACAACAACAUGACAAUAUUGUAAGCCAAUUGGAAUCUGGGGAAAUUUUUUCAGGAAGAGGGAAAAACCAAGCAACCAACCUUGUACGACCUGGGGAUACACGAUGGGGCACACAUCAUAAAACUUUGUGUCGCUUUCUAACUAUGUGGAAAUCUGUUUUGCAAGUGUUAGAGAACAUUCAUGAUGAUGCAGAAAAUUUAACACAAAGAAGCACAGCAGGUGGCUUAAUUUCUCAGAUGGAAAGCUUCGAAUUUGUUUUCAUGUUGCAUCUAAUGAUCAAAUUAUUGGGCAAGACUAAUGAGUUGUCACAAUGUUUGCAAAGGAAAGAUCAAAACAUUGUUCUUGCAGUGAGUUUGAUCGGGGUCACAUUGCAGAAACUUCAAGAUAUAAGAGAAAAUGGUUGGGAUCAGCUCUUGGAAGAGACAAAUGAAUUUUGUGUUAAACAUAGCAUUCUAUUGCCAAACAUGGAUGAUACAAUACCAGCUCGAGGUCGUUCAAGGGGGCGUGGUGGUCAAAUGGUAACUUAUUAUCAUCGCUUCAUAUAUGAAUUGUUCAAUGUUGUGCAUGACCAAGUUAUUACUGAGUUAAAUAACCGCUUUGCUGAGAUAUCUACUCAAUUGUUAAGAUGCAUUGCUUGUCUUGAUCCAAGGAACUCAUUUGCUAAUUUUGAUGAAGACAAACUUGUUGAAAACUUGCUAAGAUGUACGCUGAUGACUUCUCCACAUAUGAGAUUUUGUUUGUCCUUAGAAAGCAGCUUGAAACAUUCAUUGCGGAUGUGAUAGCUAAUCCAAUUUUUUUGAGUUGUAAUGACCUUGGUAAUCUUGUUGUGAAGAUGGUUCAGACUGGUAGACACAUUGUUUUCCCUUUGGUAUAUCGCCUCAUUGAGUUACAUUGAUUUUGCCUGUUGCAACCGCAUCGGUGGAAAGAGCUUUCUCAGCUAUGAGUAUUAUCAAGACAGAGUUGAGGAAUAGGAUGAGUGAUGACUGGCUUAAUUAUAGGAUGGUUUGCUAUAUUGAGCGAGAUAUAUUUGCAACUACUGACGAUGAUGAUAUUGUAUAUCGAUUUCAAUCAUAUAGGUCUCGCAAAGGGCUUUUACCUCGUCGAAGUGGUAAGUUUUAGAUUUGUAUCAAUGAUAAUUCUUUCACUUUUUUUUCGAAGGGCCGGUGGCCGAAUUAUAUUAAAUAGGAAGAGAAGUACAUAGUACAGCCGGGAAGCAGUCUAGACGGACUAGAGCUGGGACCCAACACAAAAUUAGGCGUUCGCCGGCAGGUCGCAGAUGCAACCUGCAGCCCGCCACAUUCUAAUGUCUUCCUUAAUUAACUCCAGCACCCUGUCUACGGUGCUGGCUACAUUAUCAAAAAUUCUCGCGUUUCUCCCCUUCCAUAUCCUCCAGUGUAUCAGGAUAGCGAUCGUGUCGAAAUUCCUCCGUAACGGUUUCGGGAUUGCCGCCCUCGCCUUCAGCCACCAGUCUUCCGUCGUGCCAAAAUGCUCGCUGGGCACCUGGAAAUUAGCCCCCGUCCAGGUUCUGAAGCUCCACCAGAGCUGCUGUGUAAAUCUGCAAUUUACAAACAAA